AUGAAUGUUUAUGAUGAAAUUCCAGUUCUUAAAACAAAAGUCGUAAAAGAUGAUGCAUAUCAUAAAAAUUAUAAAGAAAUGCUUAGUAUGGUAGAGACGUUAAAUGAACGUCUAAAUUUAGCGGUUAAACAAGGCCCUAAUAAAGCAAUUGAAAAGCAUCUUAAACGUGGUCAAUUAUUAGUUCGUGACAGAAUCGACCUUUUAUUAGAUGAGGAUUCACCAUUUUUAGAAUUAUGUCCUUUAGCAGGAUGGGGUCAAGAUGAUAUGACAUUAGGUGGUUCAAGUGUUGCAGGUAUCGGCCUUGUUUGUGGCAUAGAAUGUUUAAUAACUGGUAAUGUUCCGACAUUAUUUGGGGGUUCAUCUAACGAAGUCAGUGUCGCUAAGGGCGCUAGAAUUAAUGCUAUAGCUUGGCAAAAUAGAUUACCUUUAAUUCAAUUAAUUCAAACUGGAGGUAGUAAAUUGGAACAGCAAUUUAAAGUUUUUCACCCGGGUGGUGCUCAUUUUCGAAGUUUGGCCGAGCGAACAAAAGCUGAUCUUCCUACUUGUAGUAUAGUAUUUGGUAAUUCAACAGCCGGUGGUGCAUAUACACCUGCUUUAACUGAUUAUAUUAUUAUGGUGAAAAAUCAAGCUAAAGUGUUUCUUGGUGGUCCACCACUUGUUCAAUUGGCUACCGGUGAAAUUGUUGAUGCUGAAAGCCUCGGUGGUGCAGAUAUGCAUAGUAGAAAAUCUGGUGUUUCCGAUCAGCUUGCAUUGGAUGAACAUGACGCUAUAUAUAAAGCUCGGGAAUUCAUUUCUAGACUUAAUUGGGAAAAAAGAGGAAAAAUUCCUCGAAGUCAUCUUGCUCCAAAAAUAGAUGAACCUUUGUAUGACAUUGAUGAACUUCUUGGAAUUGUGUCUGCAAAUAUUAGAGUGCCCUUUGAUGCUAAUGAAGUUAUCAUUCGUAUAGUGGAUGGAUCAAGGUUUACGGCAUUUAAACCUCUUUAUGGGCCAAAUUUAAUCACUGGCUGGGCCGUUAUUCACGGUUUCCAGGUGGGUAUAAUAGCCUCUAACAGUGUUUUAUUCAUUCCAGAAAGUAAUAAAGCGACUCAAUUUAUUCGAAUGUGUAACAUGAUGAAUGUGCCACUCAUAUUUCUUCAAAACACCACGGGAUUCAUGGUAGGUAAGAAAUAUGAGGAAGAAGGGAUAAUAAAGGCUGGUGCACAUUUUGUAAAUGCUGUUAGCAACAGUCAAGUACCCGUUAUUACUAUUAUGAUGGGUGCUUCUUAUGGUGCUGGAAAUUAUGCUAUGUGCGUAAUGGGUCCAGAACAAUUAGCAGGAGUUCUGGAUUUAAUUACUCGUGAAGCCGCUGCUAGUGCGGGCAAAAAAAUUGAUGAAGUAGCAGCUGCAAGGAAUAAAGCCUUUUUAUCAAGUAAAGUUGAAAAAGAAUCUGAUGUAUAUUGGACAACAUCAAGAUUAUUGGAUGAUGGAGUAAUUGACCCAAGAAUGACUAGAGUUAUUUUGGGAUUCUGUUUAAGUGUUGUUUAUAAUGAGAAAGUUGAAGGUGGUAGCUUAGGUGGUGUUAGUAGAAUGUAG